AACACACCUUGUCCUUACCGGUGAAGCCAUGUCCAUGGCACUGUGGGAACAAAGUACUGGUCAGCUGCUGAAGGCGCUGCCGGCGGAUAUGAGGGAGACAAUCGAGGGGCACGAGAAAGAGGGGACAACAGAUAGCUCGGGAUCUUCUAUGAAAAGGGCGUUUGUAAGAACCCUGGCCAAAGGUGAUGGAGAUGUCUUUUGCAGCCAUGAUGCAAUAUCCUAGCGUGUAUCAUAUGAUGAUUGGACCGUCAGAGUUCACCAUUAUAGGAACGCUGAAAUUAUGGGUGUGUCUGGAUCAGAUUCACACAAUUACAACUCCUAAUCUCCUCACCAACUCUGUCACGACGAAGGGCAUGACAUCCACGAUAAUCCUUUCUUCCACAGAAUCCAGCAUGUCACGGUCAAGUGGGCGCAGUUCUCCCAGCGCUAUAUGCCAUUCUCGGAGGACCAGACGAGAUACUUUCAAGUGGUUGCUGACUGACGUAGUCUUGAAUGAUUAACCCUUGAGGGACAUUCAAAGUUGGGGACGCUGAGGUCGUCCAUGCCUAUCUGACUAUGACCCCUUCGUACACAACGCAUCCUACCUAAAACGUAGUUUGCACAUUACCUGAU